AUGUGGCUGACUCUGGCGUUCCUGCUGGCGGCCAGCGGCGUCGAGACGGGCGCCGACCGGCUGCCUCGAAGUCUUCUCGGCCAAGGGAUCAAUCUACAGCCCUCCGGGGGAUACCUGCCUCCGGUGCCCACGCCCGGGGGUUGCCAGCCCUCCACCGUUUAUCAGACUCAAGUCCGUUACUCCACCGUAGUUGUUCCUUCCACCAUCUACAACAACAACCCACAGUAUGUGACCCAGACCCAGUACAGCGUUCAGCAGGUGUAUUCGACUGUCUUUUCAGAGGUCGUCGAUACCCAGGUGGUGCCGCAAAUCCAGUACCAGACUAAUUUCGUGACACAAACUCAGGGGAACGUUCGCACCGAGUAUGUGACUCUUCCAGGUCAAACGAACUACGUGACCCGAACUCAGGAGCAGGUGAGGACCCAGGUGCAGUUCCAGACGCAGUUUCAGACGCAGUACCAGCAAGUUCCGUCAACCAUCGUGAGGAACGUCGUCUCCACUGUAGCUGUACCUCAGCAGGUAAUCAGAACCGUAUAUCAAACCCAAACCAUCGCCAGUACAGUGCAGGCGGGAGGUCAGACUCGCACGAUAGACAGCACACUCCUCAGCACCGUUUACUCGACGGCUUUCAUACCUGGUCAGGACGUCGUUCUUACAAGGACCUUCGUCAGGACUGAGUACAUCACGCAGACUGUUCCCCAACCUGGUCAAACUCAAUACGUCACAUCCACGCAGGUGGUUCCCAUCACAAGGACCGUCUAUUCCACGCAAGUUGUUGGCAACACGCAGACGCAGUUCAUCACACGCACUCAAGUGCAGCAGCAAGUAAGCACGAUCUUUAGUACUCAGCAGGUACCUCAGUACAAUACCAGGACCAUCACGGUACCCCAGCAGGUGGUGAGGACGCAAGUAUCCACCCAAGUGGUGCCAACAACCAUCUUCAGCCAGCUCGUGGUGCCGACCAUAGUCAAUAUACCGGGCCAGGUCAGCUACACCACCGUCUUCCGCACGGUCUUCAGGACUCAGCAAGGCGCCGGCCAGACCCGUACGCAGUACGUGACCAGAACGACCUACAGGACCAACUUCGUGACAUCGACCGUAUCUCGACAGCAGUACAACACAGUCACUGUCACCCAGACCAAGCAGCCUUACUGUGGCGGCGGAGGCGGCGGAGGCGGAGGGUACAGCUACAGGGCCCCGUCUCGGCCCUUCAACCCCUACGGCCGCUAGAGGCAGGGCUGGAAGAGUCCCUGCGAUCUCUCGAAGGGAGUCCCCCUUACAGUUGUUUAUCUUAUUCUAUCGCCAUGUCGCGGA